GAAAAUCUGUAGGUGUUUCACAGAAUACUGUGAUUGUUUGAGCCAUCCUGUCUAUUAACUGCCUUUAUAUAUGAAUCUGCCUUAAAGAGUAUCUUUGAAGAGUUGCGAGAGCAUUUUUUGUGUGUGUGUGCAGUGGCAAAAGGUUCACUACUAAUUAGCCUGUUACCUUUCAGCUCCAAUGGCGAUUCCUCCAUCAUAUGUAGACCUUGGCAAAUCUGCCAGAGAUAUCUUCAAUAAAGGAUAUGGUUUUGGGUUGGUGAAACUGGAUGUGAAAACAAAGUCUGCAAGCGGAGUGGAAUUCACAACAUCUGGUUCAUCAAACACAGACACUGGAAAAGUAAAUGGGAGCUUGGAGACCAAAUACAAAUGGGCUGAGUAUGGGCUGACUUUCACGGAAAAAUGGAACACAGAUAACACUCUGGGAACAGAAAUUGCAAUUGAAGAUCAGAUUGCCAAAGGCUUGAAGUUGACAUUUGAUACAACUUUCUCACCAAAUACAGGAAAGAAAAGUGGUAAAAUUAAGUCAGCUUAUAAACGUGAAUGCCUAAACCUAGGUUGUGAUGUUGACUUUGAUUUUGCUGGACCUGCAAUCCAUGGUUCGGCUGUCUUUGGUUAUGAAGGCUGGCUUGCUGGUUAUCAGAUGACUUUUGAUAGUGCCAAAUCAAAAUUGACAAGAAAUAACUUCUCUGUGGGUUACAAGACUGGAGACUUCCAACUGCACACUAAUGUCAAUGAUGGUUCAGAAUUUGGUGGGUCAAUUUACCAGAAAGUGAGUGACAAUCUUGAAACUGCUGUAAACCUGGCGUGGACAGCAGGUAGCAACAGCACUCGCUUUGGCAUUGCGGCUAAAUACAAGUUGGAUUCCACUGCUUCCAUCUCUGCAAAAGUUAACAAUUCUAGUCUAGUUGGAGUGGGUUACACCCAGACCCUGAGGCCGGGUGUGAAGCUUACACUGUCUGCCCUGAUAGAUGGAAAGAGCAUCAAUGCUGGUGGCCAUAAACUUGGUCUUGGCCUGGAAUUGGAGGCUUAAAAAGGCGAAGAAACUGCUGCAGAGAAGGGAUAUCAGAAGAAUUUGGCCUUAAAAUGUAUUUCCAAUGUGACCAGCAGGCUUUUUUUUCCAAGAAGGAUGACAUAGAACAAGUAUUUGAAGUAUUUAGACAGUUACUUGUUAGCUGGUUCCUAGUUAAAUUGGUUACCCGUCUAGUUAAAAUUCUGCAUUAGUGCAGUCACUGAAACAUUAUUUAAAUGUAUUUAACUGUUUAAUGCGCUACCCACAAAUAAUGAAAUAGACAUUUAUGAAAACUGUACAAUUGUGUGCAUGUUUGUUUUUAUGUUCCUUUUAACGUUCAAUAUUGCCAUUGAAUGAAAAGUGGAUCAGUGAAUGUUUUGAAAUGAGGUUGAACAAUUUUGUUAAAUCACCUGAAGUAGAAAUACAUUUGGUAUCCCAAGACAAAUUAUGAAUAAAACAAGUACAUACUCAUA